CCAAAACUCGAUUUCAAAGUGUUUUCGUUGUCGGUCCGAACAUGGUAUUAGACAACUACAGUAUUUAAAUUUCUUGAAAAUAUUUUUAUGAUAUUUCACAAUCAAUCAAUUAAUAAUCGAUUAAUUAAACACUAAACUACGAUACAAUUAAAUCAUAGUCGAUUAAUUUAAUCAAAUGAUUAAUAGCUGCAAUAUUUAGGUAUCCAAAUACUUUAAUCUGAAUAGAUCCUACUGGGAAUUUGAUUAUGACCAAUGAAUUGGGAUUGUCUGAAGCCUUAUGUGGCAUGGCGCUGGAAGAUGUACUUAGUAGACAUCGCCGUGAACGCAAGGAGCUGCAAGCCAAAAUACAAGCAUUGAAAAAAAAUGCACCAAAAAAUGACAAAAAGAAACGAAAAGAGGCGAUGGAAGAGGUGGCACGUAUGGAGAGCGAACUGGAAAAGCGACAAACUGCAGAAUUAGCAGAUGUAGAAAAGGGCCAGGAAAGCCAACAUGGAUCUCUCAAUGAACAGGAGCAGCAAAAAGAAGUAUUAUGCAAUGACGAGGAAGAAGAAACCUCCAGAUGUAGUUCUCAACGAGUUUCUAAAGCUCAAAAACGACGUGACAAGAAGGCGCGUGAAGCUCGGCAACGCGAGGAAGAUGUACGGGCUGCCGCAGAGGAUGCGAAAUUCGCACCAAAAGCUAUAGAAGCACGUAGUAUACAGGAAAAAUUGCUGGAGAGGCAAAUAACUCUUCACAAUAUACCCUCCGAUGGAGAUUGUCUUUACAAUGCGGUGCGACAUCAAUUAACACAAAACGGAUUAAUUGCCUACAGCGUACAAGAGCUACGAAACGAAACGGCCAAUUAUAUACGCGCUCAUAAGGAUGCACUUGUUUGCUAUAUGACAAAUCCCAAAACAGGUGACUUACUAACCGACAUGGAAUUCGAGCAAUAUUGUGAGGCUUUGCAAACUACCCCAGCUUGGGGUGGACAGAUUGAAUUAAAAGCUCUUUCUUCAAUAUUAAAAGUACCAAUUGAAGUACUGCAAGCAGAAGGGCCGCCCACUGUACUGGGUGCUGACGAAUUUGCGGGACCAAAUCUAUUAAUAACUUACCAUCGACACAUGUAUAGCCUUGGUGAGCAUUACAAUUCCACUGUGCCAAUAAGUCAAGGAAAUACCAGCAAGGCCAAUGACUGAAUAAAAGAUGACGAAAAAAGACAAAUGCUAAUCGGGGAGAUUAUCAGCAAGCAAAACGGGUGAUAUACCGGUCCCCGGAGAAAUAACGUCAAAUAUGGGGUAAUAAUGACCAAACGUGUUUUGCUCCGGGGUAAAGUUGUUUUAUUUAUUUGUUACAAUCUUGCGACUUAAAUAAACGCACUGAUACCUAUGUACAUAUUUUGAAUAUAUUACAAAUUAUACAUAAAUAUUUAUACGUAUGUUAAAAAGCCAAUUACAAAUAUAGUGCCAGACAAGACAAAAGUAUUGGCACAGAGAAUUUUUCGCAAUGCAUGCAAAGUUUUUUAUUCUAAUUUAUUUUCUA